CGGCUCGGGACACAUGAAAAAGAACAAACUCAAGUUAUGCUGACCAUCAGUAGACCACGAAGAAUCGAUUAGCCAUCCGAGAAGUCGCCCUGCCAUAUAAAGGAAGAAAAGCUCACCCCUAACAGCCUCAUGCACAUCUUCUUGAGCAAACCCCCCCCGGCACUCGAACGUGACCAGAAACGCCCAUCCUUCCAAAACAACAAUCAAGUUCCAAGAAUUCACCUUCUGGAGAAAUCAAAAUGACUAUCAAACUUCCCCUCCUCGCCCUUCUCAUCCUCACCGCAAGCCCAGCCAUCGCCCUCCCCAACAACCCCGGCCCACUCCAACAGCUCAUGGACCCCCAGCAUCACCCCCAAGAACAACCAAUCACCCCCUGUCCCGCCCACCAACACCAACAACCCCACAACCUCUACAUCACCUACAGCCAAUGCUACCACCUCAUCCACCCCGACUUCGGCCCCCUAGUCGACAGCACCUGGGGCAACGACGCGCAGCCCUGGCAAUGGCUGGCCUUCAAGCAGGGCCAAACCCCGCGGCGCCUGCAGGUGUGCCGUACCGUCGACUGCGACGACGACGACGGGCCCGUCGAGAACCACGGCACCUUCUACCUGCGCGACCUGCGCGGCUCGCCCAAGUCCCAGUGGGCCCCGCGCUUCCUGAACGUGUUCGAGGGCCUCCAGAGCCAGGUGUGGCCCGACGCGCAGGACGGGCUGGGCAAGCGCGCGCGCUUCACGGCGUCGACGGUCCCCCACGGCGACUGGCUCCGUCUGCGGCUGGCGGAGAGUUCCUCCGGGUUCAAUGGGUUGCAUGUUAACUCGGAUAGUUGGCCGGAACAUAGUUAUGUCUUUACGGAUCGGGUGGAUAAUAGUUUGAGUUUUUGGUUUGUGCGAUGCGAUGGUAAGCAUGAUGGGGACGAUAACGCAGAGGGAAAGGAGGACUAGAGGAUUAGAGGGAGGUGGAAGUUGGGGAAUGCUUUGUGCUUUGGGAUCUGAU